AUGUCCCACAAGCCCAGUAUCCCUGCUCGGUUGCCCUCAUCUUCCAAUCUACCAGGUCGAAGGAAACCACCGACGCGCCUACGUUCCCUUGGAACAUCCAAUGGCGGGCCCGAACAGCCCACGGCACGUCGUGGAUCUAUAUCUGGCCUCGCAUCUGCGCCCAAGGCGCAGAGGACAUCAAAAACAUCACAUAAACUCGUAGUACUCCCUUCUGCGCCACAAACGAGAGCCCUACCUACAGAUGUGGAAGAGGAUUUGACGCUGGCUGCUGAGACGGAUGGUGGAGUGAGAGAGUACAAGAGCGAAGCGGAACGUAUGAGCAAAGAGCAGAGGAAACAAGCUGGGUAUAAAAGGAUCACCGCGUAUUGCGUUGCAGAGUCGUUCAAGAUGAAACUGCUCGCGUCUUUUUUGAAAAGGGAGCAUAAUGUGUCUCCUAGGGUGUUUGACGAGGCGUUGUAUGUGAUGUACCAUUUGCCGCUACUGCCAGGCUAUGGACCUAACACGAACGUUCGCUCCUCUGCCCCAGCGACAUUGAUCAAGGGCCAAUCAUUACUCUCCAGAUUGUCUGAAGCAGAGGAGAAUGGCUACCAAGGAACAUACUUCACAUCCACCUCCGCCAGGUCGCCGUCGUCCCUCCGUGACGGGUACAUCUCUUCCACCUCUCCCGUGGAGGUGCCCAAAUUCCACCGACCAGAUUCACCGACUACGUCCCAAGCGACCCCGCCUUCACCUGCUACCAUCGUUCCUGUAUUCCGAGAGCGAGAGUCUGAACCCCUCCUCACACCCGCGUCGGAAUUUGCACCUGAAGUUGUAGGUCCUCCGGUGGAUAUAGAAUCUGGGGCGGAGACUGAUCCUGGGGUGUACGGGCGAUGGCGAAGUGCUCGUGAGACGCCUGAACCGGUUGCCCCGAUGAGGAGUGUAGAAGAUGACGUUGUGGAGGUGGUAUUUUUUGAGUAUGGGGUUGUUGUUUUCUUUGGUUUAGAGGAAAGGUUUGAGAAAGAUAUUAUUGAGGACGUGGAAAAGGCGGGCGUGAUGAAGAGGAGGAUCGACGAGGACGAUUGGAAAGUCGAGGAGUGUCAUUUCGCA